GACUGUUCUCCCUCUUGCUGCUGCCAUGGUCGUGGACGCCUCGUCCAUCGAGGCCAAUGUCCUCUUUACGACGUCGGGCGCUCUGGUGGAUUGCGUAGACAAGAAGAUGAUGGCCAUUCUGAGAGAUGGAAAGAAGCUCAUCGGCGUACUGCGAUCGUACGACCAGUUUGCCAACCUCGUCUUUCAGGAUACCGUCGAGCGAACCUACGUCGGAACCGACUAUACCGAUAUUCCCAUGGGAAUCUAUCUCGUGAGGGGAGAAAACGUCGUCAUGCUUGGAGAGAUCGACCUCGACAACGACCCACCCCCGGCGGUUCGUCCCGUCCCUGCUGAAUCGAUCUCACAGCUCAUGAUGGCCAACAAGGAGCAGCAGGCUCAGAGGAGAGCGAGGGAGAAGAGGAAAGCGGAGUUAAUGAAAGAACAGAAGGGCUUCUGUGAGGAGGGGGCCGAGGGAGAUAGCUACUGAGAUGAAAAGGACGAUGGCACGAGGAGCCUCGCGGGGCAAUGCCAAAUACUUUGCACAAGAAGAGAACGUCAGGAAGACGGGCCCGUCACGCGCGUCGCACUGCUUCACAAAAGUCAAUUACGUCAACACAGGAUGGAAACAAGAAGGAAGAUGGGGCACAGCGAAUAGAGAGAGAGGGGGAGCGUGACAAGGCGUGCAGGUCAGUGCCUGCCUCUAUGCCAGUCGCGCAUGGAGUGGACGUUGUGGUUGUACAUCGACGUUGCUGGUUUGUCGCGGGGAUGCGGGCGAGCUCGUGACCAUUGAAUGAGGGGAGCAUGCUGAGUGGAGAUGUUUUGAAGUGCCGCGUCGCUGCGUCUAAGCCGGUCCGAGAUCCCUCAUACCUUCUUUUGCACCUUGGUAUCAUCCGCACCCGUA